AUGCGCUCAAGUCAUUCUAAGUUUACCGUCGAAGCCGCCGUGGGGACACUCACCGGUCUCAAUCAAGUCGCAUCCAAGCGAAGCCCAGCCACCCAGCCCAGUAAAAAAAAUGGAGCGCGAGUGGAGAAUGUGCUUCGUCUCAAGCCUCUGAGUGUCAUCCACGCCGAGGAGACGGCCAAGCAGCUUCCACGUCACUUGUCCCUGUUUGACCUUCUUUGCAUUGGCAUUGGAAGUACAGUGGGCAGCGGUAUUUUCUCCACGGCCGGCGAGAUCAUCAGCAGCACAGCUGGUUUCAUUAGUUGGAUCGUCGCCGGUGUUGUGUGUUGUAUCAACGCCCUCGCCUUCAUGGAGCUGGUGACUCGCAUCCCGUCGUCAGGAAGUACCUACGCCUACUCGUUCCACGCUCUCGGUAAGCUGCCGGCGGUGAUUGCUGCGUGGCUGCUGACACUCGAGUACGGCAUUUCCGGUUCGGGUGUGGCUCGCAAAGGUGCAGGAAUGGCUGGUGGAGGAGCACCCAGCAAGUGUUGCAGCACCAAUUUAUUUUUCGGCAUCCCUGCCAUCACCACCAUCAAGGUGGCCGUCGUGCUCUUCAUCAUCAUCGCCGGCUUCUACUUGACGGACUCGAGCAACCUUUCGCCCUUCGUCCCGCCACGCCACGACGUCGAUGGCACGAUGGCGUUCGGCACUCAUGGAAUUAUCACUGGUGCGUCGUCGGCCUUCUUCGGAUACGCUGGCUUCGACGAGGUGUGUUGUCUCGCUGCUGAGGCUCGAAACCCCAAGAAGAUCAUGCCGCUUGCUGUGAUUGGCGUGGUGACUGGCACCAUGUUCCUAUCGGCCUUUGCGUCGCUGGCACUCUCGGGUAUGAUCCCGUAUCCGGAAGCCGCUAGCUUUGGCUCUGGGUUUCAAUACCAGGAUCAGCACUGGGCCGCCCAGAUUGUGCGUGCUGGCGAAACGUGCACCAUGCCCGUCGUGGUGCUCGUGUGCUUCCUUGCUCAGCCACGUCUGAAUUACGCCUUAUCGUGUGACGGUCUGAUGCCGCGGAUUUUCUCCAAGGUGGAUGAGAAGGGCAACCUGUUCGAGAACACGCUCAUCUCUGGCGCUUUCUUCACUGCGAUGGCCUUCGUGGUGCCGUUCGACACGCUGUGGGACAUCGUGAGCUUCGGAAUGCUGCUCUCCUUCAACAUGUCCAUGGCGUCGCUUCUUAUGGUGCGAAUGCGCGAGAGCUCACCCAGACUGGCGCCCAGACUCAUCACCGUCAUGGUGGCGUCUGCUUGCUUGGCGGCCUUCUUGUACCAGAUUGGCUACUCGAACGAGGGUCACGUGUGGUGUCUCGUCUUGAGUAUUCUCUUCCUCGUAGUCGCGAUCCUCUCGUGCUUCGCAAUGUACUUCAAAUGUCCGCAGGUGGCGCAGAACGGUGACAACUUCACGGCCCCAUUUGUGCCGUUCCUCCCCGCUGGCAAACUUUUACCUGGCAGCUCAGCUCAGCUACACAGGCAUCUACACAAGCUUCGCGUGGCUGGCAGCUAG